UCUGCGGGCUAGCCUGCAUUACAGAAGUAACGGACCGUCACGGCUUUGGAAAGUUAUCACAUUUAGCAUUUAAUCGACUGCCCAUUGUGAAGUAUGAAGCGCUGCUAAGGCAGACAACAUGAAGAUGAUUUCAUGAAGCUGACCACCAAUCAGAACCAAACGUGGAUGCAAUUCAUGCCAGAACAGAAAUCUGACCAAAAACUGCUGACAAGAAAAACUGACCAUAAUAGAAGGAAAAGGUACAAGGGAGUUGUUUCUACUGAAGUGUUAAUAUAUUGAUCAGAGGUGGAGUGUUGUCGCCUGCUGCGUUUAACGCCUCCCAACGUCAUCACAUGGACCAAAAGAAACUCCUUCAGCCAAUCAAAAGACCUCGGCUAGAAGCACCGACCAGCAUGUAUCAAGUGUCUAUUCGUGGGCCGAUACCUAAUGGCCCGAUGCACCCCCGGCCACUCAUAGCUCUCCUUGAUGGUCGGGAUUGUUCUGUUGAGAUGCCAAUACUUAAGGAUGUGGCAACAGUAGCAUUCUGUGAUGCUCAGUCGACACAAGAAAUACAUGAAAAAGUCCUGAAUGAGGCAGUAGGAGCCCUAAUGUGGCAUACAAUCACACUGUCAAAAGAGGACUUGGAAAAAUUCAAAAGUUUACGUGUCAUUGUGAGAAUAGGCAGUGGCUACGACAACCUCGAUGUCAAGGCAGCUGGAGACUUUGGCAUAGCUGUUUGUAAUGUUCCUGGGUAUGGUGUAGAGGAGGUGGCUGAUUCUACUGUGUGUCUAAUUCUGAACUUGUAUCGGCGGACAUAUUGGUUGGCUAACCAGGUAAAGGAGGGUAAGAAAAUAAGUGGACCAGAACAGUUACGGGAGGCUGCACAGGGCUCUGCUAGAAUCAGAGGAGACACUCUCGGCAUUGUAGGUUUAGGUCGUGUAGGCACAGCAGUGGCCCUUCGUGCUAAAGUUUUUGGAUUUAAUGUUAUAUUCUACGAUCCUUACCUUCAUGACGGAGUAGAAAAAUCAUUAGGUAUUACACGAGUGUACACUUUACAGGACCUACUGUUUCAGAGCGACUGUGUGAGCUUACACUGUAACCUUAACGAACACAACACUCACCUCAUUAACGAUUACACUAUCAAACAGAUGCGGCCAGGAGCUUUUCUUAUCAACACUGCUAGAGGUGGUCUCGUCGAUGAGCAUGCAUUGGCAGCAGCAUUAAAGGAUGGAAGGAUACGAGCAGCAGCAUUAGAUGUCCACGAAAAUGAACCUUUCAGCCUAUCAACCAGUCCUCUCAAAGAUUGCCCUAAUCUGAUUUGUACUCCACACUCAGCAUUCUACAGUGAACAAAGUGUUACAGAACUGCGAGAAAUGGCUGCUACGGAAAUUAGACGGGCAAUUGUUGGCCGAAUUCCAGAUGGUCUACGCAAUUGUGUUAAUAAGGAAUACUUUACUACAGGUAGUGUUCGCCCUCCAUAUGCCUUCCCAGGUUACCCAGAAGGAAUGAACGGUGCUGGCUAUCCAUUCCCUAAUCCAGCAGCUGCGGCAGCUGUUGCGGCCUUGGGAGGUGUGCACUCCACCACAAUGGACCAGCACCCAACAGUGUCCCACUCUACACCUCACUCUACUCCCCACAGUACCCUCUCCGACUCCUCCAUCCACAACAUGGCUAAACCGGAGAACUCUGAGGUUCACUAGUGCUACUCUGCCUCAGUUAUCACCCCUGACUUGUACAAUGGACAUGAGGGCCGAUAGAUUGAUGAAGACACAUGAGUGCUGUUGGUCAAGAUAUAACAUUUUAAUAUUGACCAGAGUUGAUCUGGAGAGAGAAUUGACAGAAGAAAAUAUUUUCUAUGGAAGGAAGUGUAGAAAAGGAAGUUUUUUGAGAAGUAAAACCACAGUCGUUUUUUGUAUCACAGACAUUUUCUAUGUAUGUGUUUGUUCGUUUUUUUUUUUUCAUUACAGGGGGAAAUUUGAAGGGAAGUUAUAAAUGAGUUUGAUGCAUACUCUGUGUAUAUAUAAAUCAUCUUUUUGUUUCAUCACACAUCUUGCCAACUGUUACAUAUAUUUCAUACUUAUAAUAGAAAUGUUUGUAAACAGUUGAUACAGAAUUUGUACUAGGCAGUGGUUUUCUUUCUCAAAAGCAUGACCCUGUAGAAGAUACGUUUCAACUGUUUAGUGCGGUCACUCACUGGGGCCACUUUUUUUUUUUUUAGCUAUACAAGAAAUCAAGAAAUGAUGGCGCUUCAUUUUGAAAGUUUCAUAUCCAGCUGCAACUCACAGAUAUUUAAUUCUGUGUUUCCUGUUGUAUGAAUCUUUUGUAGGAUAGUAUUCUCUUAGGAUGAGAAGUAUGUGUUGCAAGUUGUGGUAUCUGGAUAAUUGACACGUAGGUCUGUACCUACAGUAACAAGGUUUAUAGACUGGAGGAACUAAAAUACUUGCAACUAUUAAAAGUUCAUCCUUGGUAACUUUGUACGUACAAAGAACAUGAUCUAGACAUACUUCAAGACGUUUGUUGGAUAUCAUAUUUUGUUAAAAUUGUCCAACAAUCAUUUGAAAUGUAAAAAACAAAUUCUUUGUUGCAUUCCAGGGGAGCUAACUCUUCAUUAACGCAUCAAAGAAAACUGGAAUCUCAUCCAUAUUCUUCAUUUAAAGGCAUUAAUAGUUUUCUUCCUGUUCAUUGUUGAAAUUUACUGCAAACCUGUAAUACAGAAUAUUUCAAGGAUUUCAUAUCUGCAUUAAGUCAAAAAACAUGAUUCAUAAUGGAAAUUUCUUUCUCUUUCACUAUCAUAAUCUGUUGGAUCACGUCCGAAAGAGGGUGUUAAAUGACAAUAUAUUCCCUUACAAAGCAUAGGAAAAAUAUCCUGCAUGAUGUCUUUUCAAUGAGUUUUAAAUGAAAUAAUUGGUAUAGUCAAUAAUAGCAUGAAUGUACAGACGCAAAUGCUAUCUCACUUCGGGGAGAAAAAUGUUGAUAAAUUAGAUUAUCUUAUCUUGUGCACAUAUGUAUAAACCUUCCUAUACCUCAAAUAUAUUACGACAGCCAUGCCUGAAAGGCAGUUCACAGCUAUGGGCACCUAAUCUCCCAAACACUUAGAAACAAUACUUCUGUAUUGGAAGCUUUUAUAUUGGCAGUGUUGGUUAUAGUCUUAAUCAAAACUUGUUCAACUUUUGUAAACAUUAUGUAUACAUGUAAUGUUGCUUGUAGGCAUUUUGACUAAAGUAUAUAAUAAUUCGAAUUUGGAUAUUUACCUCAGUUUAACUUUUUAAGACAGACCUACCAUUUAACAAUGUAUCAUUUUUGGAUGUAGUUUGUGUAUAAUUGAAUAUUAUCAAUGAAGAAUGACAAUGCAAAAAAGUACAGUGGCUAUGUAUAUUCCUCUGAAAUAUUGUUAAGAGUUUUUCUUACCUUCCUAGUGACAAACCUGACAAAAUGUUUGGAGAAUUAGAUAGGUAGUAAAAAUUUGCUUGCUAUACACCAAAAGUGAUUUCAAAUUACAGGCAUCAUUGUAUUUGUUGUUUUCUAGGUAAUUUCCAUGUAAGGAAGGUAGUAUAUGUAAGUGUGCGUGUGAGAAAGCGAUACUUUGGUCAUGUGUGGUAGAGAACAUGCUGUCUGUGCCUAUAUUCUACUGAAAAUUCUAAGCGGGUCUCUGAUGUGCUAUUUCAUUUUUUCACUCUUUAGAAUCUGAUGCAUACAUUUUUGAAAAAAAAAAAUCUGAAAUGAUCCUUCAAUGGAUCGAGGUUUUGAAAUAAAAUCAUGAUUGUAAACUGAAGUCUUAUGCAAGUAGUUAUUUAAUAACAAUGAAAUGUAUAUCAGUGAAGUAGUUUUCACUGUUGAAAUUUUACAUUAUUGAUAUUUUUGUAGUUAUUAGAUUGUGUAUGAUGUAUGAAAUAGUUAGGGAAUCUUCAAGGAAUUAAAAUAAGUCUAAUCAUUCAUGUUGGUUAUAUAUACAAAUUGAAACAUGAAACAAAAGUCAAUGAUUUUACAAAGUGAAUUUCUCUUGUAGUUUGUUGUACAUUGUAAUUAGUUGUACAAACACACAUUCUGCAUCUACCGUACUUGAACAUCAUAUUUCUUUGUGGGGUUCAAACAUUGAUUUUUCAAGAAGGUUAUUUUUGUGGGCACUUUUAUUUCAUUCAUAGAUUGUACAUGGGGAAUCCCCAAUACUUGAAAUGUGUGUAAAUUUUGAAACAUUUUAUGAAUUCAUGGAAAAAUGAAUUCAAAGAUGAAGAGUGUUCCUGAAUUAAGUGAAAAUUCACCCUGUUCCCCCUUGAGUGUUAAUGACUGUAUUGUAUUAUAGUUAAGUAGGCUGCACACGAACAUCUACCAUACAGUCAUGUUCACAGUAAAUUAUGAUGACUUAAUUACAUCUGUAUAAUCUAAUCACAUUGUACCAUCCUCAUCGGAUUCAAAUGGAGCAGUAGUUUGUGUGUUUUAAUGUGCAGCUUACAAAUUACCAGAUUUCAGUCAUUUAAAAGAAAAUAGAAUGGUUUUAUCUUGGCAUAAGGCUUUCAGCUGCAGGAAAGAUUCUUCAUUCCUGUUAUCUGCUAGGGUUCAUUACUUAUGUAACCAUUUGUAGGAAGCUGCAUUAUCUCACAUCUUUUCUUUUGUUGAAUGUAAUUGUUUUAAUUCACAAAGGACAUUGGACAUGUACCGUCUCCCAAGUGCGACCAUCAAUGUUCUCAUUUUCUUUUGAAAUAAAAACACAUGCAGAGAGAAAUAUUUUUGUAAAGAGAAUCAAACUAGUUUUUUCCAAGUUCACAAAUAUUAAAAAAUGCACUUCAUUUUUCAUCUUUUUGAUGCCAUAAAAUCAUGUUAUUAGCAUUUGAUCAUGUGUAAAAAGGGUUAUGACUGUUUGUGUACGGAUGGAUUUCUUUUUCAUCACAUAUUUGUCACAGGACCUUCAUACAUUAGAGACAUUGGAUACCAUACUUCACCGUUCACAAUAUUAUAAACUAAUGCUGGAUUCAAAUUUGUCUGAAAUUUGUCAUUAAAAUAAAUAAAAUACA